UGCCCAUGGCCAGUAGCGCCACAGCACAGCACAGAUUUUCGUCGCUUGCCGUUGCAGUUGCCGGCAUCCUCUUCCUCUUCCUCUUCUUCUCCUUUGGCUUCCAGCGGCGGACCUGCGGGAGCUCGAUCCACGAGCUGCUACCUGACAGCAGCAGCAGCAGCAAGGAGGCAGGAGGAAGAAGAAGAUGAUGGCGGAGUGCAGAGGAGGGGACUGCCUGAUCAAGCUGUUCGGCAAGACCAUCCCCGUGCCGGAGGCCGCCGACGCCGCCAAGGAGAGUGGCAGCAGCAGCAGCUCGACUGAAUCCGAUGCCCCGGAGAACGCGCACCAGGAAGCCUCGGACCCGUCCCCGCAGCCGGAGGUCGUCGACGCCGAGGACCCCAAGAGCUCACCGGAGACGACGCAGCAGCCCGACGCUGCUGGCGACGUCGCCAGCCAGAGGGAGAAGCUCAAGAAGCCCGACAAGGUGCUGCCGUGCCCGCGCUGCAACAGCAUGGACACCAAGUUCUGCUACUUCAACAACUACAACGUCAACCAGCCGCGCCACUUCUGCAAGAACUGCCAGCGCUACUGGACCGCCGGCGGCGCCAUGCGCAACGUGCCCGUCGGCGCCGGCCGCCGCAAGAACAAGCACGCCGUCGCCGCCUCCCACUUCCUGCAGAGGGUUCGGGCCGCGCUGCCCGCCGCCGGCGACCCGCUCAAGACCAACGGCACGGUGCUCAGCUUCGGCGGCCACGGCCCGCCUCCCGCGCUGCAUGACCUCACCGAGCAGGUGAACCACCUCCAGGAGAAGCUGCUCAUCCCGGCCAGGAAGACCAGCAACCCGUCGCCGGCGGUGGGCCCUUGCAGCGAAGGAUCCAGCAGCACGGACGACAUGACCCAUGGCGGCGGCAUCAAGGAGAAGUCGUCUACCGUAGACAAACCUGCAAACGGAGCGCAGUAUCCAGCAGGCAUGAACGGGGCAGCCGUGUGGCCAUACAGCUGCGCGCCACCUCCGGCGUAUUUCUCAUCGGGCAUCGCAAUUCCGAUAUACCCUGCCGCACCGGGUUACUGGGGCUGCAUGGUUCCCGGAGCUUGGAGCCUGCCAUGGCCGGUGCAGCCGCCGUCGCAGGGCCUCUCGUCGCCCACCAGUGCUCCUUCAGUCUCAUCAUCGGGGCCUGAUUCCCUCACACUGGGCAAGCAUCCAAGGGAGGUUGACGAGGGAAGAAGCAGCGCCCAUGGCAGUGGCAAGGUGUGGGCGCCGAAGACAAUCCGGAUAGACGACGCGGACGAGGUGGCCAGGAGCUCCAUCUGGUCCCUAAUCGGCAUCAAAGGCGACAAGAAGCGGGACGACGCAGACCACGCUGUCGGGCACAAGCACGGAACGGUGUUUGAGCCGAAGCUUGAGGUCAACAAGGCGGCGAAGCCGGGGAUGAUCACAAGGUCGCCGUUCCUGCACACGAACCCUGUCGCGCUAACGCGCUCGGUGACCUUCCAGGAGGGAUCUUGAAGCCCAUCGGCAGUACUGAAUUUUUUGUAAAUCAGAGGAUUGUAAUAUAGGUGUUGGGGGGAAGGGAAACAGAGUGUAUGUGUAAAAAUAGCUACUUCUGGACUUGUAAUAGGUAGUGGCCGCAUGUACAUAGAAUUAGCUAUUUGGGUUGGAGAAAGACCAGGAGAUCAAUGUGGUCCCUGGUUGUAGAUAAUAAAUAAUUAAUAUAAAGAAGGAAUAUAUUGCUUGAGGUAUUUUA